GCCCAUCACGUGCUGCCAGGAAGAGGGUCCAAGGUCCAGCUGGGCAGGGGCUGCAGAGGCGAGGGCUGGCAGCCUGCUGCGAAAUGAAGCACCUGUUCCUCCUCCUCGGUGUCCUGCAGCUCCUCGCUGCCACUGCCGCCGUGUACAAGCAGUGGAUCCCCAACACCAAUUUUGAAGCCGCCUCCAACUGGGAUAAAGGCAGAGCCCCCUGUGCCGGUGAUGUGGUUCAUUUUGAGGAGAAUAAGGUGGUCUCGGUCUUCAUCAGCUCUCCCCACGCACUGACAGAGGUGUACCUGCCCCUGAAUGGAGAAUUGGUGCUGGCAUCUGGUGCAGGAUUCGCAGCUUUCGAUGGCAGCUGGGAUCCAGGCUGUGACUCAGGUGCAACAGUGAGUUUUGCCGAUGCCGAGCACCGCGCAUGGUUUGACCCCACACUGUGGCAGGCUGUGUCCCCCGGCGGGGAGCUGGAGCCAAGCGGGAGCAUCUUUUCAGUGGAUGAGGAACGAGUCCCGUGCAGCUAUGAUGAUGUUAUCUUCCAGCCUGAAACCUCCUUCCGGGUAAACGUUGACUCAUCACGGCGAGUGAUUCACGUCCGCAGCCUCUCUCUCAUGGGCCAGGAGUUCAGCAGCCCAGAGGCCUGGGCUGGGUACCUGCGGGGUCCCUCCGCCCCGCUGCAUUUUCACGGCAAUGGUACUCUCCAAGUGACAGGCACCGGCUGUCCUGACAAGUCUGGCUGUGCCUGCGGGAACGCCCCGGAUGGCCACCGCAUCUGUGCGGCCCUGCUUGGGGUGUCAGGGCGGCAGUGCCCAGCGCCGGCGUGCCAGAGCCCUUUGCAGCCCCUUGGCCACUGCUGCAGGGUCUGUGGAGCCACUGUUAACCUGGAUUUCACUCCCGAUUUUGACCUGCAGAAGUACCGGGACAGAGUGGUCCAAGCCUUGCUGAGCCAGCCCAAGUACGCUGGCGUGCAGAUGGCCAUAUCCAAGGUGCACAAAGAGCAGACCUUCCUGGGAGUCAUACCUCGAGGUUCCGUUCCUCUCAUCCAAAUUGUGCUGAUUGAUAAUGGAACAGGAGCGCAGAUGGGCACCACUGCAGAGCAACUGGCAGCAGACAUCGUGGAGGACACAGCACAGCACGGUGAAACACUGGGCAUUUCAAGUGCCAAACUGGAGGUGGCCACUGGCAGCACUUUCAGCGGGCAAGUGGGGAGCCAUGCCUUGAGCAGGAUCACAGCAGGGAUGGUCUCGGGGCUGCUCUUCUGUCUGCUGUUCCUUGGGGGCAUGUUCUUUCUCAACAGGAAGGGAAAGCUAAGGUUGCCUGCCCUGCACCUCCACCGGCCCUGGGACAGAGCAGAGGACCCGGCGUCCCCUGCACCAGCCAGUGACAAGGGCUUCGACAACCCCAUGUUUGACGUGGAGCCACCAGUCACUGACCCUGGAGAGGAGAUACCGCAGGAGAUGGCUCCCAAAGACCACCAGGUCUUCUACUUCAACCCUCUGUACAAUGCAAGCGAGACAGAGGCCUGAUUCUGGGGGCAGCCACCACCUCCCCAGGGACACCAUCGCCUCUCCAGCCCUCACAGCCCCUCACAUCACUCCUGGUGGGAUCUAAACCACAGGCAGAUCCCAACUGAAUAAAAGUGUCUGCACGAUGAAGGAAAUGACAGCAAACCUUCGCCAUUAGGGAUCAGCCACACAGGCACGGCCUCUCUGGUGUUGCUUCUGGGUUUUAAACG